AUGAGAUUUGCUCACACUAUUGCAUCUUCCGGGAGGCUGCUCUCCAAGAACAUGCUUGCAGUGGAAUGCAUUACAGGGUAUGCAAAACUGCUGGAGAAUGUCAUAACUUUCCCAUCUGAUGUCAUAUUUCCAGGAGAUACCUCUCAGCUUAAGCAGGGCUUAUGGGAGUGGGGAUAUUUCCAAAAGGAUGUAGAGAAUGGUUUUGCUCCUUUGGUGAAUGUAUCCAGAGAUGAUCCGGAGGCUUUAAUGGAAGACUUUCCAAGUGAGUUGAUUGAGGAGAGAGUGGAACAAGACAUUGGUGGGUGGGAUGUAAUAUAUCGUAAUGCUCGAAAAGCUGAAAAGCUUCAGUUUAAAACUAAUGAGAGGGAUGAAGGAGAGCUGGAAAGGACUGGGCAACCAGUAUGCAUUUAUGACGUUUAUGAUGGAACUGGAGCUUGGUCAUUUCUGCAUCAUGGUUCUUUGUACUGUGGGUUGAGCCUAGUGAGUUCCUGUGGCUUAUUCUAUAUGUUUCAGUUUCACAUGGUUUUCUCUCGUUUUUGGGUAUAUGUUGGUACAGAAAUGGAGUUUUUAAGAAUACAAUGCUAUAUGUUAAACAUAUUUGCUAAUGCAGAUCAAGUUUCCUUAUCUAUAAAUGCUGAGCUGGCCCUAGAAGAAACAACACAGGCAAAGGCUAAAGGUGAUGUAAUAUACUAUUGGGCACACUUGGAUGUGGAUGGUGGUUUUACAGGAAGCAAUGAUGCUCGUACCUUCUGGUCAAUGUGUGACAUAUUGAAUGGAGGCAACUGCAGAAAUGCUUUCCAAGAUGCAUUUUGUAGAAUGUAUGGCUUACCGUCACAUAUAGAAGCUCUCCCAACCAUGCCUGAAGAUGGUGGGAGAUGGUCAGCACUACAUAGCUGGGAUGUUGUCGAUGCUCUGGAUGGUUUUCACGUGAAUUCAAGCAAUAGGACACAUUGUAUACUGGCAAUAUCAACAUUUUUUGUCCGAAUUUUUACCACUAGACCACCAGAAGCAGCACUGUUACUGUCGGGUACUGGAACUGUUGGUGUGCUGGAAGAAAAGCACUCAAUUGAGCAGCGAAAAGGAUAUAUGUGGGCGAAGUACUUCAACAUGACAUUGAAGACUAUGGAUGAAGACUUGGCAGAAGCUGGUGAUGACAAAUGCCAUCAACGUGGUUGUGGCCAUUAA